AAUCAUUUCUUCUUGUCAGGGGUUUAUAACUAUCAAGUGGAGGAUGAUAUUGGAAAACUGAAAUCUUGCCUCAAUAGUUUUCUUCAGGAAUAUGGAUUGCCUGUAACAGUUAAGGAUGAUUAUGUCCAUGAAUUUUGUCGAUAUGGAGCUGCCGAGCCACACACUAUAGCAGCAUUUCUAGGAGAUAGAGGCUGAGAAAAAAAAUCAAAAUGGAAAAUAGAAAAGAUCAGAAAAUUAACUGUGAUAUGAAAACUGAUCUGAAUUUACUUCUUGAAUGUCUUAAGUAUCAAAUGGGCCAUCCAGCUUCUCAAAAAGAAGUUUUGGUUACUAUUUAUUCAGUUUGUCAACAAAACAGUGCUGCCUGUGAUUAUUUUAGAGAAAUAGGUGGUUUGAUGUUUGUGUGGAAUCUUGCAAAGUCACAAUUGCACAGUUUGGUUCAAGAAGCUGCUUUAUUUACAUUAGGAGGUUUAGCUGAGAAUAAUGUGUUCUGCCAGCAGAUGUUAUGUACAGCUGAAUUAUUUGAGGAUCUUCGAACAUUUUUAACUAAUAAGAAUUCUAGUAUGAAUUUGAAAAGAAUGUCUGUAUAUGUCUUACUGGUGCUGGUUUCAAAUAAUAACAGGGGACAAACAUAUGUGAGAGAAUCUGGAUGCCUCGAUAUUCUGCUACAUUUAUUCAGAGUAAUUCCUUCAGAAUCUCAAAUGAACCUUUUCGAUCAUAAAAUUGAUCAGUAUCACUUGUGGUCCUCAGUGUGUAGUAAUCUUUGUGCAUGUGUCAACAAUCCUCAGAAUGAGGAAAAUCAGAAAGCCUGCAGUUUGGUUUUUCCAUAUGCAAAAGAUUGGCUACAAAAUUGUAUGAAAGCUGAGAUAGUUCGUCCAAUAUGUUCAUUCAUUGGGCUCAGUACUGCAAAUAAUUCAAGGACCCAGAAUUUUUUUAUUUCUAUUGGGGGAUUAGCUGUUUUGGAUGAGCUUCUUCUCAAACUGAUACAUGGUUCCUUGGUGAACAAUACAAAUAUCAAACUUGCUAUAGUAGUGACAAAAACAUUGGAUGCCUGUAUUGCUGAUAAUGCUUCAGUUGGCAUUCAUUUACCAAAGUAUAACAUUGUGCCUAAUUUACUGAAACUGCUUUCUUACAACAUUUUGGACUCAGGAGAACGAUUUAGUAUUAUACUUACUCUUGGACAUUGUACAGAAGUCUGUGAGGAAAAUCAAUAUACUCUGGUUAAGAAUAAUGGGCUUCCACUUAUGAUUCAAGCAUUGGCUGAAAUGCAGGAUGAUGAACUAAAUAAAGCUGCUACCUUUGUAUUGCAAAACUGCAAACAGAUGACUGAAAAAUUAUCAGUGAAGAUAAAUCAACAUUCAUUCCAAAUGGAUGAAAGAAGAAUAUUGGAAGCUGAUUGGCAGAAAAAAGAAAGGAUUCUUGAAGAUUAUUGGAAGGAAGCAAAACAAAUUUUAUACAAAAUCAAAGGGCUUGAAAAUGAGAAAGAGGAAAAUAUCGGAAAAAAAAUAUUAAUCAAAGAGGAUACCCCUCAAGAACAGUUUCUGCAGGCGUUGACCCAACACCGUCAACCAAAUUCCAGCAAGCAGCCUUCAGAUAACAGCAAAAUAUGUUCAGAAAUGAAACACCCACCACACAAUACUAUUUCCAAGGUGCAGAAUACUUCUACAUUCGAAAACAGUUCUUCCAGUAGAGGACAAUUGAAGUCUGCCAUUUGGAAUUCAGCUCAAAAUGAUCACAAUCUUCAUGCAAAUGAAAAAAAGACAACUCCCAGCAUAAACGAAGCUUACAUUACAAAUAAAAACAGUUUUCAUGGUUUUAGGAAAAGUGAUGCUCAAACAAGUGAAUUUGUUUUUAAGAGACCAGAUUUUCUAGUAAAAAACCCAAUGCAAAAGAUUCAACAUUCAGAUCUAAAACAUCCAAGGAACCCAAGCAGAGGGGUGGGUCAUAUUCUGACUGUUUGCCCUAAAAUAAGAGAACACAGAUGUUCAGGUUGUAGAAUAGGAAGACUUUCCUUAAACAGCCGAAACUUUAGCAAGACUCUGCAGUCUUGUCAAUAUCUAUGUGAACAACACAAAAUUAUUCUAGAAUCUGAGAUGGAAUACAAAAGGAAGUUGAGAAGAUCCAUUAUGGCUAACAAGAAUACUUCUGCAUAUCACAAUGGUAACCAUGAUGACCAGAUAUUCAGUUAUAAGAGAAACUCAACAACUGUGAAAGAAUUAGCAAAUUUUCAAUAUGAUGCAUAUUCCAAGAACCAAACAAUGAAACAGAAUUAUAGCCUUCAAGACCAGGAGCUGAGUGAAAACCAUCCAUUUGAAGAGGCGAAUACUGAAACUCUGUCGAAUAGGUCUGCAACAACUUUAAAGAAAAGGAGAAUCAGGAAAGAUUUUACAUCAGAUGAAAUAAGUUAUCUUUUGGAAGGUGUAAGGAAAAUGGGGCAUCAUUGGAAUUCAAUUUUAUGGGCCUACCCAUUUCAGAAAGGACGGACAAAUGUUGAUCUUGCUAAGAAAUACAGCAAAUUACAGAAAAAUGAAAAGAGCAGAAAUACACAACUUCAGUGAAACGGACCUGUAACAUUGUUUUAAAUGUUAUGACUUCAGCUGCUUUGCAGAAUACAGUUACUUGCUUUGUAUCUGGGGCUUUUGUACACAGAAGCUCGUCUUUCCAGCAAGGCUUAAUUUUGAAGAUACGUUAUUUGCCCAGUGCAACGAUGUUGCCUAUUGAUACUGUAAAAAUGUAGAAUGAUCAUACUGCCUUUUAAGGAAGUGUGUAACGUAAAAAAUAAAUUUGAAAUGAUUGAGAAGCAGAUAUUCCCACGAGUCUAACGUUUAUUACAUUUAACUAUGCCCUCGCUCUCUUGUUUUUUGCGUCCCUUCGAACUAGUUGGGCUUUUCAAGCUUUCGGCUACGGAAUUCAGUCUUGCAACUGAUGCUGCUACAAAACGGUGUGACUCCGCAUACGCCCCUUGCAAGCUCCGCAUCCCCUUAGCGUAGUCAAUGAAAAAGGGGCGGGGCCAAGCCCAGCUCUGGCUGUAUUGUGCAACCUUCGGGCGUAGCCAAAGCAGCUGCAGUGCUCCUUGCCGGCACUAGGGGUCCCUAUUUGGCGCAAACUCUGGGCGGCGGCCCCGAAAAUCUUGAACUCAUCGUCCAGCGAAAAAUCCGCCGCCGUUGGUGUCCUCAGAACUGCCUGACUGGAAAGGAUGGCUCAGCCUUUCGUAGGACAACGCUUCCGGCUCCAAAACCGCGCCGCGCAGAGGGAAAGCCGCCGAUG